AAUGUUUGCUUUCUUGGCAUCACUGGAGGCAUUUGCACCGAUCGUAGCAACACUGGUGUUCAAUAAUCUGUAUCCUGUAACACUCCACUUCAUGCCUGGAUUCUGCUAUAUUGUCUGUGCGCUACUGUGCCUCAUAACCAUAAUAAUUGCAAUAUGGCUCUACAUGGACAUGAAGGCUGAGCCAGAGUAUGACAUUAUGGAGGAAGAAGACAGGGGGAAUGAAGCAAUUGGAAAAGAUGAUGGUAUAGAAAAUGGGGCAGACGCGAGUGUAUGUAAUGCACCCUCAAUCCAAGAUGCAGGUAUUACGCAUGCAGUAGUACUAGUAGCACACGAGAGGUCUAAUCUUUCCAGUGGAGGUCCAUCAUACGAUGCAAUGAAUGGCAUGCCAGAUGUGUACUAGUGCAUUCUAUCAACUGCAUGGCUGGACUAGACUUUUUUCUGAGUGAGUGUUGGCUUUGUAUCUGCUAACAGUAACAUGUUUUUAUGAUAAUUUCAAUACGUUUAUAGUAUUUCCGCUUGAUUACUUGUAGUUGUAGCCUUUAAUACAGACUUGCAUGAUGAUUAAAGGGAUAGUAGACUCUG